ACUGGGCUGCUGCCAUCCGAGUGGCCGCUCUGGACUGCACGGAGGAAAGGAACCAGGAGGUGUGCCGUGCCUACGACAUCCACUUCUACCCCACCUUCAGGUACUUCAGAGCAUUUACGAAGGACUUCACGGCCGGAGAGAACUUCAAAGGCCCCGACAGGGAGCUGCGGACGGUCAGGCAGACGAUGGUGGACUUUCUGCAGAACCACACGGAAGGAAACCGGCCCCCUGCCUGCCCACCCUUGGGCCCCGUUCAGCCCAGGGACGUUCUCUCUCUCCUGGGCCGCCCUGGGGGCCACUAUGUGGCCGUUUUAUUUGAGAGUGGCAGCUCCUACCUGGGACGAGAGGUGACCCUGGACCUGAUCCCCUAUGAGGGCGUCGUGGUGAGCCGGGUGCUGGAUGGGGACAGGGCCCUCCUGGACAGACUCGGUGUCUCUUCCGUCCCCUCGUGCUACCUGAUUCACCCCAACGGGUCACACGGCUUAGUUAGCAUUGCAAAGCCACUCCGGUCGUUUUUCUCCUCUUACUUGAAGUCAUUGCCGGGUGUGAGGAGAAAGUCAGCUCCCUCUCCAGAAAAGCCAAACAACGAGGACAACCCAAAGACCGUGGUUUGGAGAGAAUUUGACAAGACCAGGCUAUACACAGCGGACCUGGAGUCGGGGCUGCACUACCUCCUGAGGGUGGAGCUGGCGGCCCACAGGUCCCUGGCCGGGGCGGAGCUGAGGACCCUCAGGGACUUCGUGACCAUCAUGGCCAAGCUGUUCCCGGGCCGACAGCACGUGCAGAAGUUGUUGGAGACACUGCAGGAGUGGCUGGCCAGCCUCCCCCUGGACAGGAUUCCCUACGGUGCAGUCCUCGACCUGGUCAACAAUAAGAUGCGGAUUUCUGGAAUACUCCUUCCUAAUCACAUAAAGUGGGUUGGAUGCCAAGGAAGCCGGCCUGAGUUGAGGGGCUACCCAUGCUCUCUCUGGAAACUGUUCCACACGCUGACCGUCCGCGCCUCCACCCACCCACAGGCCCUGGCUGGCACAGGCUUUGAGGACGACCCCCAGGCCGUGCUGCAGACCGUGAGGAGGUACGUCCGCUCCUUCUUCGGGUGCAGAGACUGUGCUGACCACUUUGAGGACAUGGCCGAUGCGUCCAUGGCUUCGGUGAAGACCGCAGACCAGGCUGUCCUCUGGCUUUGGAGGGCGCACAAUGUGGUGAGCGGCCGCCUGGCAGGCCACCCCAGUGAGGAUCCCAAGUUCCCAAAGGUCCCGUGGCCCUCUCCGGACCUCUGCCCGGCCUGCCACGAGGAAGUGAGGGGUCUGGACAGCUGGAGCGAGAGCCACGUGCUCGCGUUCCUGAAGCGGCACUACAGCAGCGACAACCUUCUGGACACGUACGCGGCCGACCUGGGGGGCCUGGGCGGAGCAGCAGCCCCAGCCAGGGCUGAGGGGGAGGAAGGGCUCACUCCCCUCGCGGAAGCCCAUGGUGGCCACGAUGCCCAGAGCCUUCGUCCGCCCAGCGCGCUGGGCCCCCGAGAGCACCUGCCCGAGGGUCUGCCCCACAGACUAGACCUCGGGCUGCAGAGUCCCCAUGGGCCCAGGGCCCGCCAGGAAGCCGAGGCAGCCGUGCCCUUCCUCGGGGCCGGCUUCUCCAGCCUGGACAUGAGUCUGUGUGUCCUGCUCUACGUGGCCUCGUCCCUGUUCCUGAUGCUCAUGUACUUCUUCUUCCGAGUCCGGUCCAAGCGGUGGAAAGCCAGGCUCUACCACCCAGCCGUGUAGGCGGACUGCCUUCUGCCCGGAGCGGCCCCGGCCAGCCACAGCUUUGAGGCUUAAGAGCAGGGACGUCAGGGACACACCGGCCUGGCUCGUAUCAGACGGUGCCUUUUGACCUCCAGGGCCUCGUGUGGCAUGGGCAUUCGUGGGCAUGGUUGGCGGGAAUGUGUGUGCCCCUGCCCUCGCAGCCCUGGGUACCUCUGCUGCAGGGCGGCUGUGUGUUCCCUCUUCUGGACCUGGCGAGGGGCCGGGGCGUGCAGGCAGUUUCCCCUCGGCUUCCAUGCGCUUGCUGGGCUGCAUAUCUCCUGCACUGGAGGACCCUCCCCGCCCCCUGGCUCCCAGAUGGUUUAAGUUAGCCGCCGAGACCCCGGGCAGAGCUGGCGCUGGUGGCUUUGUACGCUGCGCCCCACCUGAGGGCCCCUGAAGCUGGGUCUGAUGACUGGUCUGUGGUCUGCGUUCUUCAUCUGCUCAGAGGUCUUCACUGACAAGGGGUCAGCAGCGGAGCUCAGGGAGCCCCAGCUGAGGAGAGCGGGGUUUCUGGCCUCUGGGAGGUCUGUGGGCAGUGGCCAGGAGGGGCCGAUCGGGGGGC